UGGUAUGAUCCACCAGAGCCAUCCCUCAUAUACCAUCAGGUCCCCGCUCCUGAGCGCUUUUUCCAACACCGGCUUCUUUUAUGGAUGCCAUACCACCUGUGGAAGGUCAAGCUGUCCUGUCCUGCUUGUGGUACACAGCUCACAAGCUAUGGAGCUCACAAGAGAGCCCGCCAUAUUCUGGAUGUGGACAGGUAUUACCUUAUGAUCACGGAGACUCUCUGGUGCAGUUCAGCUGGUUGCAAGACAACAUAUCUUUCCUCCAGCAAGACAAUCUUGGACCAGCUGGACUUGGCUCACAGGCUGGAGUUCAGAUUGAUUCUGACUCGAAAAUUUGCUUGUGAUGUGCGGGUGAUCCGUUUCCUGAGGGAGAGGGCACUUGGAAACAGUCCCACCCGCUUGGCAAGACAGCUGAAGGAGAACCACAGUGAGGAAUGGCUAAAGCGUCUCUGCCGGUACUUUGGAGCGUGCUCUGACUUUGCUGCCAGGCCAAGCCUUAUCCCUAUCAGAUUCCAGGAUCCUCCUGAGCCUGUGGAUGUUCCAUCACACAGAUGGAUGCUGGCUGUUUAUGGGCGUGACAUUUUGAGCAGGCUGGACCACAUCAAAGCCAGCAUAACGUCCACCUUUGGCAGCAUCCUAAAAAUGGACUCCACAAAAAAGAUCACCAAGAAGCUCUCAGGCACUGCUAAGGGGACAGCCUUGUGGCUUACAUCUGUAAGCAAUGAGAGAGGGCAAAUCCUCAUCAGUGUCCUGUCUGCUCAGGAGGGUCCUGCCCUGGACGGAAUGGCAGCUGGCCUCAUGUCUAGGUACAGUAAUGCCAGUGUGGCUCCACCUCAGCUGCUUUACGUCGACUGUGACUGUUGUCGGGAGGGCAGAGGGCAGACAAAGCUCAAGGAGAGAUUUGGUGGGUGGCCAGACUUGAUAGUCAAGCUGGACAUCUACCAUUUCAUGCGGCGGCUGGCAUCUGGGUGCACAAAGGAUGCUCAUCCUCUGUACCCUGUCUUCAUGGCAAAGUUGUCAAGCUGCAUCUUUGAGUGGGACAGAGGAGAUGUUGCCUUGCUGCGUCAGGCCAAGCGGGAGCAGCUGAGACAGGAAGGUGUCCCUGGCAUCACUGAUGCUCUCGUCGAUCAGAACAUCACCAAAGACGAGCUGGCACUGCACUGCCGGAGGCAGACAAGAGGAGAGCGGCAGACAGUUGCCAUGAUUGAGCAGCUGCUCAAUGAACUGAUGGGGGCAAAGGGCAGGGAUUUUCUUGGUGUUCCUCUUUUGGACCAAGAAAGGAUGCAGCACAUCUGGAAAGUCCAACAGAGGCACGUUAAGUGCAUCCAGGAUGAACCAGGUGUGCUUCUUUACACCCAGACAGGCACCACCACCAAGGCAGGCAUUGUUCUGCCAACCUACAGGUGUGCCAGAGGGUCCACAUCGUUGGAGUCCUUUCACCUGCAUGUAAACAGGUUCAUUCCAGGAACGAGUGCCAACAGUCUGAAUUUCCAACUGUACCUCUUGGAAGGACUGAACAGGUGGAACCAGGACCGAGAAGCUGCAUCUCUAGCAGUCAAGCCUUCCUCCCUGCUGAGUUAUUCUGGAGACCUUGUUCACUGUGUCAACACCCUCAGUGUCAAGGUCUUUGGAAGGCACCAUGUCCCGUCUUUUCAGCCACCUGCUGUUUACACUGGUGAGCUUCUUGGCAUCGACUACUUGUACAGCCAGACGGGAAAGGCCUUGCAGGAUGUACAUCCUGACUCGGAGGAAACUGAGGCACUGCUUGAAGAUGUAGGCACUGAGGAGGAGCUGGAAGAUGAGGGUUUUGAAGAAAGUGGGUUAGACCCCACUGUAGAGCUGCUGGACCUGUCUGAUCCUGCCCCUGUCACCACCGCCUCAGCUCCCACUCCAACUCCCACCUCUCUCCAGCCCUCUCCCGGUCCUGCUGUUUCCACAGCACCUGAGCAACAACUGCCUGUGCGUGAGUCCACACAUUCUGUUCAGUCAGCCCUUCCUAUCCCUGCUGAACUGUCACAACUGGCUCAUCUGUCCUCUGACCAGUCAGCCAGUGCCACGAGUGCAGCCUCUGCCCUUCCACUCUCCACCACCUUCACAAUGACUGCCUCCACUGCUGCAGCUGCAGCCACAGCUGGGUCAAGAAUGGCCACUGCCACCCCAGCAGUCCCUGAGAAACAGCUGAUUGAACACACCCUGUCCUCUGGAUCAGUAUAUGUCACCUCCACCACAGCCUCUGCCUGCCCCCUCAACAUCCUACCAGCCACUCUCUCCACAUCAACUGUUGGUCCCUCUGGGGCACCUACCCUGGCCCCAGCAGCACCUGUGCAACAGGCGGCUGUUGAUGCGCGUGGCAUCCCAGGGAUGGACAGAGUGGAUGGCCUGGCUGAGUACCUGGUGGGCCUGAGGACUGUUACUGGUCAGACAAUUACCAAUCAGCAGGCCAGUACCAUCGUAGGGCUGUGGCAGAACCUCCUGCCAUAUGACCAGCAGCGGGUGGCAUAUGCUGCACGUCACCAGGUGCGCCUUAUAACAGGACGCUUCAGGUGCUCUAAAAAGAGACCUGAAUUUACACCUGGCGUGGAGAGCACAACACGCUGUGUUUUGGGAUCCUCAGGAUCUCCUGCCCAGUGGCCAGACUGUAGUCGUCUUGUAGAGUCCAUCUGUGUCAAGCUGUGCAACAUUCACAAGAGCCCCCAAAAACAGGGCACUUACAGCUUGACAAGAUGGACUCUGAUUUUGACUGACUACAGUAAGAUCAGGCAGUUGGUCCUGGGGAAUGCCACAGUGAUGGGGAGCACGACUCUGCAGUUGUUUGAUAUUAACCAAACAACUCUAACCCAGUGGCACAAUAAGAGGCUGAAGAGGCAGGACAGUAGCAUUCUGCUGCAAGGGGUCAACCUGCCUGACUCUGUCCCCGUUGCUGCGAGGCCUCUUCCGCUUGUUCAGGUCCGCCCUCCUGCUGUACCACCACGGCCUGGUCCCCAACAUCAGUACAACUUGCCCCAGAGUACGGUUGGACAGGCAGUGGAUAAGCGGAAGUCAGCAGCUCAGAGGCAGUUGUUCAGCCAGCCAUCACCUCCAGCUCCUGUGCUUCCAAACCCCAGCCCUGUCAUUGUGCGAGUUGUGUUUGCUACCCCCACUGGAAGCAGACAGAUUGUGCCCUCUGGCCCGCUGCCCUCACCACCGCCGACCCGGAGAGCCUACACCCGCACGGUCGACCAAAACAAAUGCCGUCAGUGCCACCUGCCGCGCAACAAGGAGACCGGUCAUGGGCAGUAUUAUGGGCAUAUAUACUGUCCCCAAAACAACAGUAUGCCACUGGGAGUUUGGAUGGAGGAGAUGAGGAGAAAGAGGGAGGAAAAAAAAAAGGAGUGACAUUCUUUGUCAAUAUGUAUAUAAUGUAAAUAGUUUUAAAAGAAGAAAAAUGUCUUAAUUUACUGCUGUUCUAUUUUUUUAACUUUAACUUUAACUUAACUUUAUUUUCUACUUUUGUUUAUUUAUUGUAUUUAUUUUACUUAUGUUGUUUUGGUUAUCUUUUUUAAUUCUAUUUUAAAUUGUUUCUUGUUCUAAAUUUUCCUUACUUUAAAUUUUUUCUGUAUUUAUUUAUUUAUUGCUUUUAUUUUAUUUUGGUAUUUAUCAUUUAUUUUAUUCUAUUUUAAAUUGUUAUUCUUGUGCUAAUAUUUCCUAAAUUUAAUUAUUUUCCAUAUUUGGAGUGGGUUUAAUUUAUUUCUGUUUUUAUUGCUUCAGGUUUUCUGGUUUAAUUUCACACAAGUGUUUGUUUGUGAGUGUUUUUGUGUGUGUGAAAUUUGUAAUAAAUUU